AACUCCAUCACUUCUCUGCUUUGAUUUCAUUGCAACUCCAAAUAUUCUGAUAAUGCUAACGGUAAAACAUACCGUUACCGCCGUCCAUUUCUCCGCCGUUAACUUCGACACAACUUCACGCCGGUUAUCUCAUUCCGUCAGCUUCUUCAUUCCCCCUCGAGAUAAAUUUGGAAGAUUGACGGAUAAUUGUUGUGCUGGAAGAAAAAAGUGCAAGGGAAAAAAUGGAAUUAAAGCAAGUGCAAAGGAUGGUUUUAGCUCGGGUUGUGAGCCAGUAAAACAGUCGAGCUAUCAUCCAUCUGAGGACAUUGGGGAGUUGGAACUAUUGGAGAAUGAGGAUGCUCAACUAAAGCCAGCUGAAUGUACAAGGACUAUUAUUGAGGUAAAUAGCAAAGCAACACUCAUGUUUUCAAGUGCAAUCAAUGAUGUAAUGCGUGCAAAUAUUUUCUGGCCAGAUUUGCCUUACACGACUGAUGAACUUGGAAAUGUCUACUUUCAAGUAAAGAAUGACGAAGAUGUUCUGAAAAAUCCAACAACUGAAGAAAACGUUGUGCAAGUAAUUAUUGGCCUAGAUACAUCCGAAAUGCAGAGCGAUAUGGAGUCAUCAGGUCAAUCCGAAAUUGGUUACCACAUAGAUGAUUUUGAUGACGAGGAUAUCGAUAUUGAUGAUCUAGAGGACAUUGAUGACGAUGACGAUGAUGAUGAGGAUGAUGACGACGAUGAUGAAGAUGAUGAUGAAGCGGAUUGGGUUUCCGUUCUUGAUGAUGAAGAAGAUCAGAGUGGGGAUCCUGACUUGGGGGAUUGGGCUACAUUAGAAACAAUGCGAUCUUCUCAUCCAAUAUCCUUUGCCCAACAAAUUAGUGAGGUUGUGACAGACGAUCCUAUAGAUUUUAUGGAUCAGCCUCCAGCAGGUCUUCUUAUUCAGGGCCUUCUAAGGCCAGCUUUCCUUGAAGAGCAAACUACCAUUCCAAAGCAGAUAUCUGAACAUAAAUCAAAUGAUGCUGGUAUACACCAAAUGGAAAAAGUUGCAGACCAUAAGAAAAACAGUAGUGUUCAAGUCAAUGGCCACAAACAUGAAAGUGGAUCUUCGCAAGAUAGCCCAAGUUGUCCAGAGGAAUUGGAGAAGGAUGAAACCCUUGGAAAUGGAACUUCAUUUUACAAGCUAGAGAUGAUUCAAAUUCAGUUGAUUUCUUCACAUGGGCAGCAACAGAUCUUAGUUGAGCUAGAAGAUUUUAGUCAAGCGAGACCUGAUGCAAUAGCGCAUUCGGCUGCCAAUAUUAUAUCGCGGCUUAAAGCUGUAGGAGAAGAAACCACACAGGCUCUCAGAUCUCUCUGUUGGAGAUGCAAGGGAAUUCAAGUGGAGGAAGUGGCUCUGAUAGGUGUAGACAGCCUUGGUUUUGACCUGAGAGUUUGCUCUGGAGCACAAAUUCAGACACUGCGGUUUUCCUUUAAAAAACGGGCAACCUCGGAGUACAGUGCCGAAAGACAAUUAAACGACCUGCUGUAUCCAAGGGUCCACCCUACAUUACAUCAAACGAAAGAAACUCACCAAGCUGAAUCAUGAAAAAAUCUGUAGAUUUUGUUGUACUUCUGAUUCAAAAUUGUAUAUAUAAUAUAUACUCUUUGAUUCAUCCAUUAGAGUUAUUUCUUCAGUGGAGGCUGGAGGUCACAACUACUCAGAGUUCUCCAUUUACUGUUGUUGAAAACUCAAUUUUUACCGCUUAGGUCCAAUUCUAAUGCAAUUUUGGUUAAUACAUAUAUUUUUUGAAAAA